AUGUCGAGUCAGUUCAAGGCAGCGCGCGCGGAGGCCGAGCGCAACGAGGACCUCAACAUCCUCAUGUCCGGUCUGCGCGGCUCCAACAUCGAUCAGUCGGACUUCGCGGCCGCGGGAGUCGAGAUGCAGCUCGUCGAGGUCACCGAGGACGCCGACGACAAGCUCCCGCUCGUGUACGACCCCGAGCAGAUCUCGGCGUACUGGCGCAGGCGCCCCGUGUCCGUCAUCAAGCGCAUCCUGCAGCUCCUCGGCAUCUCCGGCGGGUUCCUCUCGAACCUCCUGGUCGACGCCGCGCAGGGCAAGGUCCAGGAGAACGAGGUCAAGCGCGCCAUCGAGAUCCGCGGCAUCGUCACGUCGCUGGGGCCGGCCUACAUCAAGCUUGGCCAGGCGUUGUCGAUCCGCCCGGACAUCCUGUCGCCCGCCGCCAUGCGCGAACUGCAGAAGCUGUGCGACAAGGUGCCGUCGUUCCCCAACAAGAUUGCGAUGGCGACGAUCCGCCAGGAGCUCGGCGCGGACCCCUCCGAGCUCUUCUCGGAGCUCUCGCCCGACCCCAUCGCCGCGGCCUCCCUCGGCCAGGUUUACAAGGGCAAGGUUCGCGCGACGGGCGAGCAGGUCGCCGUCAAGGUUCAGCGGCCCUACGUGCUCGAAACCGUCACGAUCGACCUCUUCAUCAUCCGCGCGCUCGGCAUUGGCCUCCGCAAGUGGUUCCCCGAGGCCACCAAGCGCACGGACGUCGUCGCGCUCCUCGACGAAUGGGCGGCGCGUUUCUUUGAGGAACUGGACUACGUGAACGAGGGCCGCAACGCCGAGCGGUUCGCGGAGGAGAUGAAGAAGGACCUCCCGCAGGUCGUCGUGCCGCGGACGUACGCGGAGCUCACCUCGCGGCGCGUGCUCACCUCGCAGUGGCUCGAGGGCGAGAAGCUGUCGCAGUCCAAGGAGGACGACGUGGGCGAGCUGGUCAACGUCGGCGUGAUCUGCUACCUCAAGCAGCUGCUGCAGACGGGCAACUUCCACGCGGACCCGCACCCGGGGAACCUGAUCCGGACCCCGGACGGGCGUCUCGCGAUCCUUGACUUUGGCCUCAUGACGGUGGUGGACGACAACAUCAAGUACGGGAUGAUCGAGGCGAUCGCGCACCUGAUCCACCGGGACUACGACGCGAUCCUCGACGACUUCGUCACGCUCCAGUUCAUCCCGGAGGGCACGGACCUGCGGCCGAUCAAGCCCGUGCUGGCCAAGGUGUUUGACCAGGCGCUGGCGGGCGGGGGCGCCAAGUCGAUCAACUUCAACGACCUCGCCGCGGACCUCGCGCAGAUCACGUUCGACUACCCCUUCCGCAUCCCGCCGUACUUCGCGCUCAUCAUCCGCGCGAUCGGCGUGCUCGAGGGCAUCGCGCUGGUCGGCGACCCGGACUUCGCGAUCGUCGACGAGGCGUACCCGUACAUCGCGCGGCGCCUCCUCACGGACCGCUCCCCGCGCCUCCAGGAGAGCCUCCGGUACAUGAUUUACGGAAAGAACGAAGUGUUUGACGCUGACAGGUUGAUCGACCUGCUCCAGGCGCUGGAGACGUUCGAGGUGUCGUCGCGGACGGCGCUCGGCGACGGGCGGGACGUGAGCGGCGGGGACGCGCCGCGGGCGCAGCCGGCGGCCGCGCGGCAGGCGCGGCGCGCGCCGCCGCAGCAGGACGCGCCGUGGCCGGGCUUCCCGCUGCCGCCGGGGCUCGGCGGCGAGAACGGGCCGUUCGGGAGCGGGGGACUGUUCCCGGCGCCGAUGCCUCUGCCGGUGCCGGUGUCGCCGUUCGAGUCCGGGCCCUUCGGGCAGCCCCUCGACAUCAUGGGCCGGUCCGCCCCGCGCCCCGCGGGCCAGACCAGCGCGCCCGCGCCCUCCGUGCCGCCGUCGUCCGCGUCCUCCACGCGCCAGGCCCUCAAGUUCGUUUUCAGCGACGACGGCAGCCUCUUCCGCGAGUUCUUGAUGGACGAGGUGGUGCGCUCCGUGGACGCGAUCUCGCGCGAGGAGUUCCACAACGGCGCGAAGCGCCUCGGCCUGGACAACACCUACGUCCCGCUGCUGCUCCCGGGCGCCAAGCCCAUGGUGCGCCUGGCGCCGCCGCCGUCCCAGGAGGACCGGGCGCAGGUGGAGAGCGUGCGCAAGGUGGUGGACUUCUUGAUCUCGGGGCCCGACGGGAAGCGCGCGGGCGUGGCGGCGGACCCGCUGCAGCAGUUGGCGCGGGACCCCAACACCGUGCGCGAGCUGCUGCCGGUGCUGCCGGCAGUGGCGCAGGAGUUCCUGCCGGAGUUCCAGCGGCGGCUGGCGUCGCGGGUCGCCGCGCGGUUCGUGCGGGACAACUUCGACACGGCGUAG